GAAAAGUAAAGUACGAGUAGCCUACCUCAACAUUUGGACUUAAGCAGCUACAGUAGGCUACUGGAAUAAAUGUAGGCGGUCUUAGUUACAUUCCACCACUGUAUAUUGUGCUGUCCGUCUUAUGAUAAUUAACAGACACUAGUUUGGUUUUAACCGCGACACGAGGCAGCAGGUGUGUCCCGGGCAGUCAGAGCAGCGGACCCGGAAGGAAAGGCUCAAAGCAGCGGCUCCGUCUACAGCAGACAGAGCGAUGGAUCAGAGAGGCCUGCAGCAGGAGUUCCAGGAUCAGUUCAGCCAUGUGGUUUCCAGAGUGCAGUUCUUCCAGUCGGACUGGGACAUCGCCUCUUUUGCAAUCUUCUUCAUCUUCAUUGGGAUGGUUCUGCUGCUGGUCAUCCUGGUCCUCAUCCGCUGUUGCUGUUGCUGCUGCUGCGAUGACGAGAGGCCUCGCGGGCGGAAGGUUGGCAUAGAGAACAUGGCUCUGGAUCCCUGACAGAUGGAGGAUUGGGGAUGUUGACGGAGCUCCAGGCAGAGCCUGCUGCUUUGACUUGUGUGCCAAAGCUUUGACUCGACUGUCACCAGUCUGUCACCAAAACGUAGUCCACUUGCACAUAGAAUGAAUCGUUACUUUGCUACCCUGGUAUGGAAAUCUAACACGCGAGAUCUUUUUGACUGUCACUGCUAUGUUGCUAGGAUACCACCGAGCAGCCGUCUGUUUUUUUUAUGCCUCUGUCAGAUUCAAAUGUCACUUCCUUGUUUGUUGAAAGAAUGCUGGUUUCAAUUUGAAGGUUUUACUUGGUAACAAAUCUAUAAAAGUCAUAAAAAAAAA